UUUGUUUUGCGGUGACUGCUGCCUGGACUCUUGGUUCCAAGGGAGUGCAGGGCAGCCUCGUGGAGCCCGGUUUACGUCCACUCCCCACUUCCCGGGGCUGCCUUUGGGGCGGGGUCCCCGUGGUAUUCGCAGAGCCGGGGACAGAGCCUGGCCGGAGGCUGAUGGACGCUGUCGCGGGUCGGCUGGAUGAAUGAAAGGUGAGCGGCAAAGGCGGUGCCAGGAUCGUCCCCGGCGGGGCUGGAGGAGAACGGGACGGCGCGGAGCCUGCGGGAAGAAUCUCCUGGCGCACUGGGAGUCCUCUGAGAGGUGAAGAAGCACUGUAUGGUCUGAGGGCUGUGAGCUCACUGUAUGGGUUCAGAGGAAGACAGAAUGGGCUGAACUGGAACUGACCUAAAUGUCAGCAGGAGUAGUCAUCCAGCAUGUUCUGCCCACCCCAUGCCGAGGUGCACUGACCAUGAGCCUCAACUCCUCCCUCGGCUGUAGGAAGGAGCUGAGUAACCUCACUGAGGAGGAGGGCGGCGAAGAGGGUGUCAUCCUCACCCAGUUCAUCGCCAUCAUUGUCAUCACCAUUUUUGUCUGCCUGGGCAACCUGGUCAUCGUGGUCACCUUGUACAAGAAGUCCUACCUCCUCACUCUCAGCAACAAGUUCGUCUUCAGCCUGACCCUGUCCAACUUCCUGCUGUCCGUGUUGGUGCUCCCUUUCGUGGUGACAAGCUGUAUCCGCAGGGAAUGGAUCUUUGGUGUCGUCUGGUGCAACUUCUCCGCCCUCCUCUACCUGCUGAUCAGCUCGGCCAGCAUGCUCACCCUCGGGGUAAUUGCCAUCGACCGCUACUAUGCUGUCCUGUACCCCAUGGUGUACCCCAUGAAGAUCACAGCUAACCGGGCCGUGAUGGCACUUGCCUACAUCUGGCUUCACUCGCUCAUCGGCUGCCUGCCGCCCCUGUUUGGUUGGUCAUCGGUGGAGUUUGACGAGUUCAAGUGGAUGUGUGUGGCUGCCUGGCACCGGGAGCCUGGCUACACGGCCUUCUGGCAGAUCUGGUGUGCCCUCUUCCCCUUUCUGGUCAUGUUGGUGUGCUAUGGCUUCAUCUUCCGCGUGGCCAGGGUCAAGGCACGCAAGGUGCACUGCGGCACAGUCAUCGUGGAGGAGGAUGCCCAGAGGACCGGGAGGAAGAACUCCAGCACCUCCACCUCCUCUUCAGGCAGUAGGAGGAACGCCUUUCAGGGUGUGGUCUACUCAGCCAACCAGUGCAAAGCCCUCAUCACCAUCCUGGUGGUCCUCGGUGCCUUCAUGGUCACCUGGGGCCCCUACAUGGUUGUCAUUGCCUCUGAGGCCCUCUGGGGGAAGAGCUCCGUCUCUCCGAGCCUGGAGACUUGGGCUACAUGGCUGUCCUUUGCCAGCGCUGUCUGCCACCCCCUGAUCUAUGGACUCUGGAACAAGACAGUUCGCAAAGAACUACUGGGCAUGUGCUUUGGGGAUCGGUAUUAUCGGGAGCCGUUUGUGCAACGACAGAGGACUUCCAGGCUCUUCAGCAUUUCCAACAGGAUCACAGACCUGGGCCUGUCCCCGCACCUCACGGCGCUCAUGGUGGGCGGUCAGCCCUUGGGGCACAGCAGCAGCACGGGGGACACUGGCUUCAGCUGUUCCCAGGACUCAGGGACAGACGUGAUGCUGCUUGAGGACUACACGUCUGAUGACAGCCCUCCCUCUCACUGCACUUGCCCACCCAAGAGAAGGAGCUCGGUGACCUUUGAGGAUGAAGUGGAACAAAUCAAAGAAACUGCCAAGAACUCGAUUCUUCAUGUGAAAGCUGAGGUACACAAGUCGCUGGACAGUUACGCAACCAGCUUGGCCAAAGCCAUUGAGGCUGAAGCCAAAAUCAACUUAUUUGGGGAGGAGGCUUUGCCAGGGGUCUUGCUCACAGCACGGACUGUCCCAGGGGCUGGCUUUGGGGGCCGCCGAGGCAGCAGAACUCUUGCGAGUCAGAGGCUGCAGCUACAGAGCAUCGAAGAAGGGGAUGUUUUAGCCGCUGAGCAGAGAUGAAGGCCUGGGGUGCCCUGGGGCUGUGGCCCAAGAGGCCGGCCUGAAGAGGAGUUCCCAUCACCAUCUGUGCCGUGGCCUUGGGAGCACGUCACUGUGUACAGCUGGCCACACACAGGGAAGGAGCAAUAUAUGGUGUGCAGCCACCAGGACAAGGACUGAAAAUAAUGUCUACCGUUCCACGCUUCAGCGUUUCCAGAGACCACAUGUGAGCUGCUUUUAGGUCCCAGUAAUGGGACCAGAAGCAUCUAAAGCAAAAAACAAAACAAAACAAAAACACACACACACAUAUAGAGAUGUGGCCGUGGCUUUUUGGGAGGUGGGCCAUAGGAGGACCAGAGACAAAGGGCUUGGAAGGAAAUCCCCACAUGCAUCAUUUUCCCUUCACACCUGUGUGCUAGGAGUCCAGCCGUGCACGGUGCCAGAGCCCUCAGGAGGAGAACCCUCUCAAUGUACUGUGGAGGAUGGCACAACGCUUCUUCCUAAUGACACGCGACCGUCCUGGUGCUUCUGCAUGGUUGAUGCAGGCAGUGCGGGACCCUGAGUUCUAGACUAACUGGUCCACAGAGAGAGAGCACCCAGGAGCAGAGCACUUCAGAGUAGCCCUCAGUGGUGCCACCUGCUGGUGUUAGUGGGGCAGCCACAGGCCUCUUGAGGACGGGCCCACCCUGCCCACUGCCCUACUGACAAGUUCUUUUGUAUUUCAAAAGGGAGAAACCACUAUAAAAGACAGGAGGAAGGGCAGAUACUAGGUGUUUGUUUCCAGAAUUUAAAAAAACAUCCAUUUAAGAUGCACAACUGUUUUACCAGGACUGCAUGGGACUAGUGAAAAGCACAGCCAGAAAACAGAGUAACUGUUAUUUGUUUACAUGGGAAAGCCUAAUUAGACUCCGUGUGAUGUGUGAGUGACUGAUGAAAAUACAGCCGGCCCCGGCUCCGCAGGGCACACUCCCAAAAGUAACAAGCCUGGCGUAAAACAAGAUAGAAGCCCUGGACUCAGAGCCAGGAACCCGGGUUCUUGGCCCAUUCCUGUCUUCGUGUGCGCUUGUCAUUUGGGACAUCCUGUCACGUCUCUAGGUUCUCUAUAAACUGGGAAAAAGGAGCGGGGAGUUGGUUUGGUCUCCAAGAUCAUUUCCAGCUCUCAUCUUUGGUGUUGUCUGGAUUUGUAAAGCAGAGAUGGAAAAAACACAAAAGCAGACCCAUGGACUGACCUUUGUUUAACUGUGGAAUGUGGUUGCUCAUGUACAUGUGAAGUGCGACCAGAUUGGGGUUCUGUGGCCUUGUCUGCCCUGCCCAUUAGAGCACAGUCUGGAUAGAAUGCCAGCCACCAAGAUGCGUGAGGGGCAGGGUCACCACCUCAGAAGGGGAAGCACAGGCAUGGGGUUGGGAUGGUUAGACCUCUCUUCUCCUCCCUUUGAGUUGGAACAGCAGUUGGUGUUUGGUCCUGGAGUCACUGCUGUGAUGACUGGGGAAGCCACUGGAUCUGCUCUUGCGUCCGCCCUUCAGCCUGCAUGAAUAAAUCAGUUCAGGACUUCUCUGCUUUGGUUGGCAGAAGGUAGAUUCCAAGGAGAUCUUGCUGGCUGCUAAGAGGCAGCUAUUCUAGAAAGUGAAUUACCCUUGUGGUGUUUUCUUUGGGGCCUAGCUAGCUCCUGGUGAGGCAGUGUCUCUGUGUUGUGUGGCAGAAACCAGUGGUCCCUGGUCUGCAGUUUAAUGAAUGACCAUUCAUGAGGCCUGGAGUCUUGCUACGUGUGAUGACUGAACUCAAUGACUAUUCUGGGUCACCUGGGUGCCAGGCGCUGGCCUAGCUUCUGGGAGUGGGCAGGUGCAGAGGGCAGGUUCACCUGUGCAGGUCGGACACUCCACGUCCAUUACUGAUGGCAUUGCUAAGUCUGCGUGUGGUUCACGUUUUCCAUAUAUAUUCUCUGUAUAUAUAUUUUCUGGCACUUGUCUAGUUUCUGAAGGGACCAUAUUCCUGAUCGGCUAGUGUACACAGAGGUGGAACAGGGCAGAGAGACCUUUGUCUCUAGGACGGGUUGCUGGUUAGGUGUAGGCAUACUUGAAUGCAGCCACUUGGCUUUGAAGCCCAAGGAUGGGAGAAAGCUCCCCUGACUGUACUAGAUUGGGCUCCAGGGAAAGAACCCUCAGACAGCCUCCCACUCCCCCACUGACACCACAAUAGCUGGGAUAUAAUAGAAUUUACUCUAAAUAAAUCUAGAAAUACUGUUUUUCACAAAAGGAUUCACUGUAUUUCCCUUUUUAAAAUAUAUUUUACUGAGGUCCAGUUCAUUUAGUUAUCUACCAGACACUGCACAUCCACUGUGUGCAAAGCACCCGGUCAGGCUCUGUAGGCAAAACCACUGAAGUGUGCACUCUGAUUUAGGGAGCAGGACCUGGAGGAUACCGAUUCUAAUAACUAGCAAAGUCAAGUAGUGGUUACAGAAAGAAGUGUGGUUUCAGAGGGAGGUGGAUAUUUCCAACUGUGGAGUUAGGGAUGGCUCCGUGAGGUAGGUGACAGUUUGAGCUAAGUCUUGGAGGAUGUUUGACAGCUAGAACCAUAUUUUUCAUAUUCAGGAAUUCAAUUUGCCUUUAUUCAGCUAGAGAGAGAGAGAAGGGGUGGGUGGGGGAGAAGGAAAGAAUUUUUACACAUUCUGAAGUUCCUGAGAGGCAUUUUUGAGGAUAUCUGCCAUUAGUGCAGAAGGUCAAAGCCCCACGUGCCCCCAGUAAACCCUGGCUCAUUAACUGUAAACUUCUGUGCAGUGGCACCUGCAGCCUUCCUGAUGGGACCACAUGGACAGCAGCACAUGAAACAUUUUGCUACUUACUAGCUUCAACACCUCAGUCCUGUGUCUCCUGGUUUUGACAUGACCACAUUUAGAGCUACUGCCCAUCUCUGCUUUCACUGAGAUUUCUGCCCUACUGGGUCCCUGUGCUAUGCCACAGAUAACAGGUUUGGGGCAGUUUUGACCCAGAAGGCAUUGGGAGUCCCACAUUACAGAGCACACGCACAGCUCGGCACAACCAUUUCCCCGGCCAGAGGCACCAAGACUGAAGUUCAGGCCCUUAGACACUAGGUGGCAGCAGUGUGGCUGUGCAGAGCUAAGGAUGAACCUGGGUGGUUUUUUGCCUCUGGCUGAGUGCUCUUGUUUUGAAUUCCUUUGCCCUCAUCGUGUAGUCCACGGCCUUGGGGACCAAGGACCACCUGGCUAGCCUGCUUACAUGCAUGACCUCAUCCAGGUUCACAGGUCUUGCCACUGAGUGAUGUUAGCUAGAUCACUGCUCCUGGAGAAGCAGGGUUGAGGAGUGUUUGUUAAGACGAGGGCCAUCUGGUGCCCAUGUUCAUUGAUUCUCAUUUGAGGAGCUACUAUGUGGUCUUUCUGUAAACAAGUGAGCAACCAGUGAGACUAAAUAUUUGCAAUAGACAGGCUAAGGAAUUUGGGUUGAGACAGGAGACGGAGGAAAAGUGCUUAGAUACAAUGACAGAUUAUUAGUCUGUUCAGAUUUACCUAUGUAUUUUUCCAUCCUGACAAUAUGCCUUUUAGAUAUCUGCAAAUUAGACAUGUCUCUGGAUAAACCACAAGAUACACUCACGACACAUGUUCAGCCUUGAGCCCUGGCUGUGUGCUGUCUGGAAGAACUCUGAGGAUGGUGUGGCUAUAAAGAGGGGGCAGUGAGCUGGCAUGUGAGUGCCUACUGUGGGACGGACCUGUUUGACAUGUGAGUGCCUGUGAUGUGCUAGGUGCUGUGUUAGGUACUUCCAAUGCUUUCUCUCAUUUCACAUAGCGGGGAUGGUGAAGACAUAGGUAUGGUUAAGUCGUGAGUUCAGAUCCUAUACUUCCACUUAUUACCUGGGUGUUUUCAAGCAAGUCACAUGGUAUUUCUGCAUGCGUUUCCUCAUCUUUGAAGUUCUGUCAUGUUUCUGUGUGGAGACACACAGAAUUGAGGGAGGCCUCUGUCGCAGGGUGAUUGUCUGGAUUCUAUGGGGAAAUACUUGGAAAACCUGCAGCACAAUGCCUAGGGUGCAGCUGAAGCUGAGCCACUGGUGUUUCUUCACAGUAUCUCUGUGGGGGGCGGGCGGUGUAUUCUUGUUUUACAGGGAUCUCCCUAUAAUGCAGUGAGAAUCUUGAAAAGAUAACUGUUAUCCUAGAUGGGAGGUGUUAAAGGUUGUUGCCAUGGGAAUUGUCAUAUUUGUUGCAUAGCAAGGAAGGACUUUUGGGAAAGCAGGGAUGUGGUGAGGAAGAGAAGGCAAUAGAGAGGAGAGAGGAAAGGCAUCUGGAACCUGAAAUGUCUAAGGGAGCCGAAAUGAGAUUUUCUAUUAAAAAUGUCUAUGCCAUUGGCCUGUUUGUACAAAAAUAAAAUAAUUCUAAUUUGUCCUGAAUGACUAUCAAAGAUGAUCAAACCCCCAGGGCCUGGUGUAGCAUUCCAAAUCAUAGCACAAAUACAGCUUGACCUUCCUUACAUUCCAGAAGGGACACUCUCCCUGACAAAUGCCCUUGGCUGCUGAGGACAGCUCUGUUCUGUAGCAACAGAGUGAAUGCCUGGCUGUGGCUCUUGGGUUCACAGAAUCCCUAAUCCUCCAAGCCCCUAAGAGGCAAGGCAGGGAUGCUACUCACAAUAUAUGCAGAACCCCAGAUGGAGCCUGUGGGAGAGAGAGGAAAUCACCAUCUUCACCCUAGGCAAAGGAGAAUGGUUGUGAUCAGCCAUAUAUGCCUGCAAGAAGGUGCAGAGCCAUAUUGUCCUUGUGGGUUGGGAGAGGGGACACAGAAUCCAAGGAAAUUGUCUCAGGUCUCAAGCCAGAAUCAGAGCCCAACUCCAGGUCUUGGGCAAAUGGCUGAGAGAAGCAAGGAGCCAGUCUUACAGGUCAAGGAAGAUGAGGGAUAGUUGAGAGUCAUCAAUAUCAUACAACAGGCCAGCAGGGCUUUAUUAGGUAGGUAGAACUACUGUAAACCAAGGAUCAUGGGAGAUAUUAACAUCUGCUGACCAGACCUGAAAAAUACUGAAAGCCCAAGGAAAGUGACUGGACUCACUGGAAAGUAUCUAACAAAUACUUUGGACUCCAAAGUAUUUCCAGUACAUUGAAGAUUCCUUUGAAAAUAUCAAAGCACAAACUCAAAUCUGCACAAGAUUAUAAAAAGCACAUUUGGUCAAUGUUUUUAAGAGAACAUAUAGACAAAGCUGUGUUCAUUUCCCUCAGCAAGCAUUUUCCUGGAAAAUAUUAAUAGCUUAAGAAUCAAAUGCCACUUUAGUUUUUCCUUCUUUCACUAGUUUGAAAUACCAGAAAUCACAGGUGAGUCAUCCCUCCCAGAGGAAAAGACAGUCCAGGGAGGAUCACAGGCCUGGGCAGACAAGGCCACACUGAGAGCAGGAGGAACCUGCAUGCUUAAGGGACGGAGUACCGUGCUGUGUUCUGAUAAUGGACCCCUGGAUGCAGAAAUGGUUAAAAACCAACCUUCGAAAACAAAAAACCCAAGCUAAUCCUGAAAUAUAUUUAAGUCUUUGGAUUUUUUUAAGAUUAAAAAAUGUUUAGGAUUAUUAUAAAUCAGUAUUUAUAAACAAGCAAAAGUGUAUUUAGAAUUGUUGACCUGAUUAAAUGCUUUUGGUAUGUGUA